AACAUCAAACAAAGAAAAAAGAGGGUUGGUGGGAGGAAAAUGCUGAGCAUGGCAUGGGGUUGUUGUAGGGUUUGGUGAGCAACAUGUCCUUAAAAAGAAUCGAAAUCCCAUUGGCAAUUCCAAUCUCAAGUUGCCAACUUUUUCGCGUCAAUCUCUCUGAUUCUUAAUGGAAUCAAUCUCCAUAUCAUCAUCUUCCUCUCUUCUCAUUCCUCACAAAUCGUUGCCAAAAUCCAGCUUCUCAAAAGUCUUGUCGAUUUCUAUGGCAAAGGCAUGGAGCGAGAAGAGCUGGUCUUUGAAGGUGAGAUCGGAGGCGGCCGUGGAUCCUUCCAUUAGCCCUAGAGUUAACUCGGUCAAGCCUUCGAAGACUGUUGCUAUUACUGAUCUUGCCACAUCGCUUGUGCAAUCUGGUGUGCCUGUGAUUAGAUUGGCUGCUGGUGAGCCUGAUUUUGAUACUCCGGAAGUCAUUGCUGAGGCUGGAAUGAAGGCAAUACGAGAUGGUUAUACGAGGUACACUCCAAAUGCAGGGACUCAGGAACUCAGGCAGGCAAUUUGUCAUAAGCUGAAGGAGGAGAAUGGAUUGGAUUAUACACCUGAUCAGAUUGUGGUUAGCAAUGGAGCGAAGCAGGCUAUCAUGCAGGCCGUGGUUGCUGUUUGUUCGCCAGGGGAUGAGGUUUUAAUUCCAGCACCAUUUUGGGUCAGCUAUCCAGAAAUGGCUAGGUUGGCUGAUGCAACACCGGUUAUUCUUCCUACUGAUAUAUCAGAUAACUUCCUUCUAAAACCAGAAAACCUUGCUUCGAUGCUCAAUGAGAAGUCAAGGUUGCUGAUUCUUUGUUCUCCAUCAAAUCCUACCGGGUCAGUUUAUCCGAAGGAACUGCUUGACCAGAUUGCCGAUAUUGUGAGGAAGCAUCCGAGGCUACUGGUGCUAUCGGAUGAGAUCUAUGAACAUAUUAUUUACCAACCAGCGAAGCACACAAGCUUUGCGUCAUUGCCAGGCAUGUGGGAGAGAACUUUAACUGUGAAUGGCUUCUCUAAGGCUUUUGCAAUGACUGGUUGGAGACUUGGAUACAUUGCAGGCCCUAAACACUUUGUCACAGCAUGUGGGAAGAUCCAAAGCCAGUUUACAUCAGGUGCUAGUAGCAUUUCACAGAAAGCAGGCGUGGCGGCGCUCGGCCUUGGCUAUGCAGGUGGAGAGACUGUCGCUAAAAUGGUGAAGGCUUUCCAAGAUCGCCGAGACUUCCUAGUGAAAAGCUUCGGAGAAUUGGAAGGUGUCAAAAUAUCAAAACCUCAGGGUGCAUUCUAUUUGUUUCUUGAUUUCAGCUCUUAUUACGGGUCUGAAGCCGAAGGCUUUGGUAUCAUUGAUGGAUCUGACUCCCUUUGCCGCUACCUCUUGGAGAAGGCACAGGUCGCUCUUGUUCCCGGAGAUGCAUUCGGUGAUGACAAAUGCAUACGUAUCUCAUACGCAGCAUCUCUGUCAACCCUUGAAGCAGCCAUGCUGAAGAUUAAGGAAGCCAUCAGUCAACUCAGAUCACCGGUUGCCGUUUGAUUGUUGCUAAUGUUCGUCAUUGUUGUAUGAUUGUUACAAGUGUAUGAUAUCUAUUUCAGAAUGGUUUCCAACAUGCAAGAGUUUGUUCCAGUAGUUUAGUGGGACAUUUCUUGGUAGAUGCAUGAAAACUUUAUGAAUGUUAAAGGGAACAUGAAAAUAAGAACAUGAUAUGAUGAAACAUGUGGCGUUUUAUUUAA